AUGGCAAAGGUUAUCAAUGCCGGGAAGAGCACAUACAAUGAAGACCAAGCCAGCUGUGAGGUACUCACUGUGAAGAAGAAAGCAGGGGCCAUUACCUCAACCCCGAACAGGAACUCCACUAAGAGACGGUCCUCCCUUCCCAAUGGGGAAGGGCUGCAACUGAAGGAGAACUCGGAAUCAGAGGGCGUUUCCUGUCACUACUGGUCGCUGUUUGACGGUCACGCGGGGUCUGGGGCUGCCGUGGUGGCCUCCCGCCUGCUGCAGCACCACGUCACGGAGCAGCUGCAGGACAUCGUGGAGAUCCUGAAGAACUCAGCGGUCCUGCCGCCCACCUGCCUGGGCGAGGAGCCCGAGAACACGCCCGCCAACAGCCGGACUCUGACCCGCGCAGCCUCGCUCCGCGGAGGCGUGGGGGCCCCGGGCUCCCCCAGCACCCCGCCCACGCGCUUCUUUACGGAGAAGAAGAUUCCGCACGAGUGCCUGGUCAUCGGGGCUCUUGAAAGUGCGUUCAAGGAAAUGGACCUACAAAUAGAACGAGAGAGGAGUUCAUAUAAUAUAUCUGGUGGCUGCACAGCCCUCAUUGUGGUUUGCCUCUUGGGGAAGCUGUAUGUGGCGAAUGCUGGCGAUAGCAGGGCCAUAAUCAUCAGAAAUGGAGAAAUCAUCCCCAUGUCUUCAGAGUUUACCCCUGAGACUGAGCGCCAGCGACUCCAGUACCUGGCAUUCAUGCAGCCUCACUUGCUGGGAAAUGAAUUCACACAUUUGGAGUUUCCAAGGAGAGUACAGAGAAAGGAACUUGGAAAGAAGAUGCUCUACAGGGACUUUAAUAUGACAGGCUGGGCAUACAAAACCAUUGAGGAUGAUGACCUGAAGUUUCCCCUUAUAUAUGGAGAAGGCAAGAAGGCCCGAGUAAUGGCAACUAUUGGAGUGACCAGGGGACUUGGGGACCAUGACCUGAAGGUGCAUGACUCCAACAUCUACAUAAAACCAUUCCUGUCUUCAGCUCCAGAGGUAAGAGUCUACGAUCUCUCCAAAUAUGAGCAUGGAGCAGAUGAUGUGCUGAUCUUGGCCACCGAUGGACUCUGGGAUGUUUUAUCAAAUGAAGAAGUGGCAGAAGCCAUCUCUCAGUUUCUUCCUAACUGUGAUCCAGAUGACCCUCACAGGUACACACUGGCAGCUCAGGACCUGGUGAUGCGUGCCCGCGGUGUCCUGAAGGACAGAGGAUGGCGGAUAUCUAAUGACCGGCUGGGCUCGGGAGACGACAUUUCUGUAUAUGUCAUUCCUUUAAUACAUGGGAACAAACUUUCAUGA